UAGACACUGAAUAACAGAAGUAAGUUUGAAUCGCGACUGAGGUAAUUGAUGACUAAUGAAAAUACAUGCCGACACAAAAUAUGUACAACGUAUAACUAACGUAACAAAAAUUCGUUUCAGUGAACGUAGUAAUAUCAACACAAUAAAACAUCGAUCGAAAUCAACGUGACCUUGAGAUAAUGCUACUCAUUCCUGCAAAUCGAUUAUCUAUAGUUAAAGAGAAUCGAAUAGGAAAUAUAGUAGAGAUGAUCACAGCUUGUCGAAUCAACAGUGCAGCGGGCUGUUAAGAUACAUUUCAAGAAAAGUAGUCGCUGGUUGUGUACCAACGCUGACUUUUAAUGUGUUUAGUUGAUAACCGCCAGCCGCGCGCGACGCAUGUGCCUGCGCGCAUCUCGUACGACCACCUACACUCGUACGCGCACACCCUCUUAUCACACACCAGUUUAGUUCGUUCCCAUUGUGCAUCUUCUCGGAGUGGUGUCAAUGCCGACCAAAAGUUAUAAAGUGGAAUCAAGAAUACAUUGGUAACCUCUCUCGCGACAGCCAUUAGCUGACAGCCGAAGGGAGCCGGUCCAUAUAUCACAAGAAAUUGUGAUUACAAUUGACUCAAGAUAGGGCCACUAACAGAGUCAAGAUGGCCACUGGGAGGUGCAAGAGGUCCACAAGGCAACAACAUCGCUAUACAAGUCACUCCACCCGAUGGCGAAGAAGAUAAGUUCGUGCCAGCGCUGCGCAUGCGCCGAAAACGGAGCACGCCGCUCAGCGCGCUGCCCGGAAUCACAGAUGGACUGAUUAAUUUACCAAAUCUUCGUACUUCGCCAACAAGGACACUGUCGCCGUUGGAUCGGACGAAGCGUCGCUUCAGUACGAUGGUGUCAAGUGCGGCAGCUGUCGCAGUGUCCCGGCGGCUCUCAGCAACUAUUGGCUGGUGUCUGGCCUCCCCCACACAAGUUAAGCCACAAAUAGUCCGCCAAGGACGUGCCCUAUGCUUGCAGUACAUAAAAACACAGAUUAGAAGAUCCUCUUUAUGUGCUAAUAAGCAAAUAGUCAUGAAACGCCUACAAACAAUGUUGGAGACUGAAUGUGGUGAAGAGGCUGUAAGUAACUCCGAGUCUGGAGUGUUGGCUGGGCUUCGGGCCCUCUGCGCAGCUUUGGAAAGGAAAAGGCCUGAUGCGUUCCGCCAUGUUGCCCGCCAGGCGACGCGCGCGCCCUCCGCUAUGCUUCGCUCAGAGACAGCACUAGCAGAACUAGCACUUGCACUAGCAAGGCGCAUCACUAGAGAAAACAUCACGUGGUCAAAGAUAGCAGCUGUAUACUGCGUGUGUGGUGCUUUAGCCAGAGAAGCGGCGGAGGCUGCGGAUGGUGAGCCAGCCUUGGAGCUGGUGGCCGCACCAGCUGCCGCACUCGCCGACCUACUGCAUGAGGACCCUGGUUCUUGGAUCGCAUCUCAUGGCGGAUGGAAUGGGUUGGUGGAUCGACUGCGGGCCAGUGAGAGGGACCAACGUUCGGAAAAGACACUUCGAGUGAUGGUGUCUUUCUUCGUGUUAGCCUGUCUAACACUGUUGCUGUUCCGAUGGGUUCUCCACGCACAUCCAGCUUACAAUGAGUUAUAGAACCUACCCCUUAUUUAUUCCAAGGUCCCAUUAGUUUAAUUAGCAAUUUGUGACGUAAUAUUAGCUGGUAAUAGUUACUAUUUUUGUAGAUGAAAUUAUGCUUUUUAGCUACAGACACGCGUGAAAAAAGGCAGUUAUUAAAACUAAAAAUAAUCUUGUAAUCUUUGCUUAAAUCAAUUUUCCUUUAUAGUAUAAGUAAUAGGAAUUCUGAAUUUAAGCCCCGUAAUGAAAAAAUAGGCAAAUAUAUAGGUAUUUUUGUGGUUCUUUCACAACUUAUUUUAUAUAAAUUGUAAUGGUGGUUGUGACUGUAAUCAAAAUAAGUACAUACCUAGUUAAAUAAUUUUCUAUUUAUUAUAUGUAAAUCGUAAAAUCACUGUUGUAAGUAUUUAAAAACUAAAAUAACUAAUUACCUUGUCAAAUAUUGGUGACUGACAAUACCGAAUUGGCACUUAAAAAUAGCUUGCUGAUGCCACAUAACCAUCAUCCAAAGAUAAGUUUAGACACACGUAUCGCCUUAAAUGUCUAU